UGUGUAGAGAAAUGUAGGAAGUAACGAUAACAUAACUUUGGGACCAGGACAACGAGGAGACGUCAAUCCUCCUUUUCUUCGAAGAAACAGUGAUUUAUAACACAUAAAAACGGAUUUAGAGCUCAAUUGAAGAACUUUCUGUGAGCAGUUUGGUUCCUUACCUGUUUUGGAAACUCAGGUGAGAAAACUUUUUUUUUUUUUUUAUUUCCCUGAAAUCGUCAAAUAGCGCGGCGAUCCUCAUUUUUUCCUCUCUGUAAGCGGAUUUUCUGGUUUAUAAAGACCAAAUGAGCUGUUUUCUUCCAAUGUGGAGUGUGGGCGGUGAGUUAUGCUGAAGCCUGUCUCUGAGUAUCAGGAUGAGCACUACAGAUGGACCUGGGACCCCUGAGAAGGAUGAAGAGGCCCGCGUUGUUCAGAUCUACUACAGAUCAUCGCAGGAAACAUCCGCCUACUGCCCGCUGCAGGUCAGCUCCAGGGACACGGCCUGGGCGGUCAUCCACAACUCUGUGGCCACGCUGGGCCUGAACCCCGGCCUGACGUACGGCCUGCUGGAGGUCAGGGACACCGGCGGGGAGGAGAGGCCGCUGGACGAUGAGGAGAAUCCUUUGGAGAGAGUCCUGCUGUGGCCCCAGGAGACGCAAAGGUGGCACCCCAAGAGCCACGGAUACUACUUCAUUCUGCAGCAGCAGAGUAAUACCGGAGCAAAGCAUGUAGGAACCACUAAAGAGGACUACGAUGACCUCUGCAACCUCCCCGUUGUGACUGAGAAGUGUAUCCUGGAUACGCUGCAACAGCGCUUCUAUGAGCGCAAGAUCUACACUUACAUCAGCAAUAUCCUCAUCGCCAUCAAUCCCAAUCAGUUCCUACCUGUUUACUACAACCCCAAGUAUGUCAAGAUGUACGAGAACCAGCCGCUGGGCAAACUGAGCCCCCAUAUAUUUGCAAUAGCCGAUGCCGCCUUCCGGGCCAUGCUGAGCAGACAGAUCAACCAGUGCAUAGUGAUAUCUGGGGAGAGCGGCUCGGGGAAGACUGAAAGCAGCAGAUAUCUCAUUCACUGUCUGACCGCCCUCAGUCAGAAGACGUACUCCAGCGGGCUGGAACGGACCAUUCUCGGGGCCGGGCCGGUGUUGGAGGCCUUUGGCAACGCAAAGACAGCAGAGAAUAACAACUCCAGCCGCUUUGGGAAGUUCAUCCAGCUAAACUACCUGGAAAGUGGUGUCAUCAGAGGGGCAGUUAUUGAGAAGUUUCUGCUGGAAAAGUGCCGCCUGGUGUCCAGAGAUAAGAGUGAUAGGAACUAUCACGUGUUUUACUAUCUGCUGAUGGGCGCAUCCAAAGACGAGCGGGAAGAGUUUCAAUUGUUAAAGCCACAGGAUUAUCUCUACCUCAAGCAGGAAAACCUCCAUUUAGACGAUGACGAGAAACUUGGACAAGAGUACAAGAGGCUUCAUCAAGCUAUGGAGAUGGUUGGCUUUUUGGCCUCAACUAAGAAACACAUAUUUUCUGUCCUCUCUGCGAUCCUGCACUUGGGAAAUGUGACCUACAUGCUGUCUGAAGACACUCAGGUGCUCGAGGCUGGACCUGCAGACGUCUUAUCUACUCUGUCACACCUAUUGAAGGUAAAAGAACAACAACUGGUGAUGGCUCUGACCAAGAGGAAAAUAGUGACUGCCAACGCCAAUGUAUUUAUGCCAUAUACACUACAAGAGGCUACAGCAGCGCGGGAUUCUAUGGCCAAGUCUUUAUACGGUGCUUUGUUUGACUGGAUUGUCUUUCACAUCAACCAUGCGAUGCUCAACAGAAGAGACAUGGAGGAGGCGACCCCGUGUUUGUCCGUUGGUGUCCUGGACAUCUUUGGGUUUGAAAACCUCCAGACUAACAGUUUUGAGCAGCUGUGCAUAAACUACACCAAUGAGACUCUGCAGUAUUUCAUCAAUCAGAACAUCUUCAAGCAUGAGCAGGAUGAAUACACAUCAGAAGGCAUUAUAUGGCAAAAUAUCAACUACAUUGACAACAGUGGCUGCGUUAACCUGAUCAGCAACAAGUCAGUUGGACUCUUCAGUUUAUUGGAGGAGGAAACCAACCUCCCUCAAACCACGGAUAAAACCCUGCUGGACAAGUUAAAGCAGCAGCAUCAGGACAACCCAUUCUUUGUAGCCUCUCCAAAUACAGAGCCAACCUUUGUUAUCCAACAUUUUGCUGGGAGAGUUAAAUAUCACAUCAAGGACUUUAGAAAGAAGAACGCAGAGCACAUGCGUCCUGGAGUCGUAUCCCUGCUGCGGAGCAGUGAGCGCGCGUUCCUGCAUCACUUGGUUGCAUCCAGCCCGGAAGCGCUGUUCAGAUGGGGCGUCCUCCGAGCAACUAUUCGCAUCCUCGCAGUGUUCAAGAACAUGGGGCGCCAGCGGGCAGAGAUGAUUGCUGCGAAACGAAGCUCCCGCAAAUCUCUCGGAGAAAUAAAACAGCACAACAGUAGGAUGGGCAGGGUAUCCAGCAACAGCAUGACCCUGGAUUUCUCCUUUGAUCACGCUGAAGAGCAUCCUCUUGAUGUGUUUGAAGACAUAUUUGCCAAUUAUGAACGGAGAAAGAAAAAUAGAGGCAGUCGACGCAAGCAGGUCAUUCCAAAGAACCUCAUAGAUCUGCGUUCGCUCCAGCACGUUGUUGGUCUUACAGCACAUGACCGGACCAGCAAAUCCAUCUCCCAUCCUCGGCCGAGAGCAAAGCCCCCUACAGUUGGUUUUCAGUUUCAGGCGUCACUCAGAAAACUGAUGGAAAAAGUUGAAAAAGCAGAACCUUUCUUCAUUUUCUGUGUUCGUUCCAAUACUGAGAAGAAAGAGCUGCACUUCGAUGAUGAGCUUGUACUGGAGCAAAUAAAGUACUCAGACAUACUACGGAUGGUCCACAUCCAGAAGUCGGGCUACAAAGCCAAAUAUACCUUUAAGGAAUUUGUUAAGACGUUCAGGGUUUUGUUUCCAAAAGGAACCACUGCAACUCCAGAGAACAUUACUGAACUGUUUGAGAGGAUGGGGUUGGACAAGACCACCUACCAAAUUGGAAAAACCAAGGUCUUCCUCAAAGAAAAGGAGCGACUUUUGCUUCAAGAAACUCUCAACAAAGAGGUGAUGCGUCGCAUCAUCACCCUGCAGCGCUGGUGUCGCUCCUGCCUGAUGAGACUGCACUUCAUCCAGAAGAAAGAUGCCACAUUGCUCAUACAGAGGAGCUGGCGUGAGUUUUAUGAGAACCACAACCGAGCAGCUACAGUGAUCCAGGCAGCAUGGCGAACUUCCCUUCGGAGAUCGCAAGAAGAACCGGAGGAGAGUGCUGGACCCAGACGAGUCAGCUUCACAAAAACGCAGCUGAGAAAGCAGCACAAUGUGGAGCACAGCCCCAACAGGACCCAGCACGGUGACCCAGGCAGCGGUCGGGUCGAACACAGGGAGCGGAGCAAGGAGAAACGAGAAGGCCGAGGAUCCCCACCUCCCCUCAACAGACCCCUGUCCCUCCCAUCCGAUCACAGAGUCGGUAGGUGUCACCCCAACAGCUCCACGCUUCAACGCGACAAAGAUACAGGCGUGAAGGAGAAGGUUGAGAAGUGGAGGGAAAGACAUGCUGAGGGAGAUCCAACAGACGAAUCAAGCCCUGAAAUACUCCGACGAACACAGAAGAAGGAUGAAUUUCGCAAAGGGAAGUCCAUGUCUGCUGAUGAACUAUCAAAGAUCAGCUCCUCAGGUUCUGACAGCUCACCCUCAACCAACCAGGUCAGGACGCGUCUUCGCAAGCUGAACAAACGCAGGCGGCGCUUUGCCUAUGCCCGCAGCGGUUUGGUGGUUAAUUUUGGAGGCUCCAGGGAGAAAGAGUACUGGAGCUUUCCUCUGCCUCCUAUCAGCCCCGCCUUGCCUAGCCUGAAGAGCUCGGCCAGUAGCAUCGAUGUCCGGGCCCUCAGAUCCCAGGUCAAGUUGCCUCUAGAACCUGAUGGUUCAAGGUUCAGCCUUCCACCUAGGACCACCACUGAGGAUUCGGAGCACCAGGGCUCUAAUCCAUCACACCUCACAACGCCUGAGCGGAUUUGGUUUCUCAGUAAAUUCCUGAAGAAACGGGCACCAAAAUCUUCCCAGAACAGUGACCCUCUAUCUGAUAAAUCAGUAACUUUGCCCAGAUAUACUCCAGAUCCUUACCAUGUGCCAAAUAAAAACAGUGGGAGGGAAAAACGCAACCCCACCAUCCGUAUCAGCCGAGCCACUCGGGCGCUUCAAUGGGACUCAUCUCUGGACCGAGAAAUCACUGACCCCAAGGAGCUACGAAACCUGGACGAGUUCCUCGGGAAUCAGGUGAAUGAGCUGCAAACAAGAAUAAAAGAGCUGUCCGCCACAGAGAAUGUGUUUCUCUCAGCCACUAUGCAGUUCAGAGAAACCAUCAAAGACAUGUACUCUGUCCAGAAGCCCCAGAUUGGCUACAAAGAUCUAAUGAAGGGCUACCAUAACAAGGUGAACACACUAGCAGGAGCAAAGGAGAAGGCAGAGGUUUCACUGGUGGUCAAUCUGUUCCAGUCUGUGCUGGACGGCUUCAUCAGGGGCGAAAUAAAACGAGCCGAGUCUGAGCCUCCCAAGGCUACCAAGUCAACAAAGAAGAGAAGGAAAAAGGAAAAAUGUCUCGAUAAUCCUCUCGAUCACCUGUUCAGCACAUACCAGGUGAAUAUUAUGCAGUCAUGUGACUUGUGUGGCUCUUACAUCUGGGGAAUGGAGAAGGCAUACAUGUGCAGCGCUUGCAAGUUAAUAUGUCACAAGAAAUGCCUGAAUAAAAUUAUCACAGAUUGCUCAACACGCUGCGCCAGGCGGGAUGACAGUUUACCUGGCUCGCUACACUUUGGGGUGCAGGUGUGUGUCUUGACUAGUAAAGCCAAUCCCAUACCGAAAGUGGUGGAGUUGUUGCUGAUGCACGUGGAGCUGAACGGCCUCUACACUGAAGGCAUUUACCGCAAGUCAGGCUCAGCCUGUCGGGCGAGGGAGCUGCACCAGAUUCUAGAGACCGAUCCAGAAGAAGCAUGUUUGGAUAACUACCCCAUCCACACCAUCACAGGCCUUGUUAAAAGGUGGCUCAGAGAGCUGCCCGACCCUCUCAUGACCUUUUCUCUGUACAAUGACUUCCUGCAUGCUGCAGAGCUGCCAGAAAAAACUGACAGAAUAAAGGCUGUAUACCAAAAGGUUGAUGAACUUCCUCCGGCUAAUUACAAUACUUUGGAGCGGGUCAUCUUUCACCUUGUCAGGGUUGCAAAGGAAGAAGAACACAAUAAAAUGUCACCAAACUCUCUUGCUAUUGUGUUUGCCCCCUGCAUUCUCCGCUCCCCUAACGCUGACGACCCCUUCCUUGGGAUAAAGGAUAUCCCCAAGACCACAAGCUGUGUGGAGAUCCUGAUUCGUGAGCAGUUCAGGCGCUACAGUGCAAAGAUGCAGGAUAUCCAGCAGCUGGAGUUUGCGGAGGCCCAGGCUGUCCAACAGCUCAAACUAAGUCGUCAAAACACGGUGAGCAAGGCAAAAAGACAGAAGGUGGAUAAUCCAUACACACAAAACUCUGAGAAGACCCUCAUUGAAAGGAUCAAUACCAUCAAGCAGAAAAAGGUGGAUUUGGCCUGCAGGUUACCUGAUCUAGAGCAGGAGAACUCUGACAGUGAGAACCUGGACUCUUCAUCAUCCAUGAGCACAGACAGCCUAGACCAGCUGGGGAGCCUAGACUCUGAAGCAAAGGUGCAAUUGAAGACCCAGAAACCCGACUGCCCGCAGAAACCUGCAGACCUGGCAAAGAAAGUCAGAAGUCUGAUGGCUCAGACAGAUGAUGAACAAAGAGAGCUCACCUCAGGACAAAACACAGAUUUCACCCAGUCCAUAUGUUUCCUGCCCAGUCAAGACACUCCCUUUCCAACCAAUAACUCCCAGGACACGGGCAACAUUUUGAAUGGGAGCUUGGAGGAUGUGGACAUUCCUUACAUUGAUGAGGAUGAAGAUCAAAGCUAAGACUAAUACCACGAGUCGUGACAGUUAAUAUUCUCAAGUAUGUGUUGAUACGAUCCAAAUGGUGCACUUUGUUUUAUUGACUUCUGUUUGUCAGUGCUGCUACAGAGACAAAGUGCUUUGUGUAUUUGUACCUACUGAAUGGGAUAUUAUCCUGAAUGUUCCUUCAUAACAACUCAUCAUCUUUAUAUCAGUUCUUUGUGGCAUUUUUGAAAUUAUCUCAGAAUAAUAACAACUACUGUAUGGCAAUCUUUGUAUAUACAACUUGUGGACAAUACUUUAAAGUCUCAUGGUACUAACGUGUCUUGAUUGUGUUUGUAUCUUAUCUGUGCCAGAAAAUAUUGUAACAUUGUACAUAGUGAUUCUGCUUUGAAAAUAGAGGGACUGCAAUUUGAAAUAUCACUGUGUCUAAAACCACUUCCUUGUCUUUUUUUUUUUAUUUUCUUGUGGUUUACAUAUAUUAUAAUACUGUGACUGAUCUGAGACUACAUGUAAAAGACUAGCUGUUGUUCACAUCGACUGGCUGAUUUUGUGAUGACAAGGGUGUACAACUUGACCAUGUAAACUUGCGUCAUUUUUUGUGUAUACCUGUACAUUUUAUGAAAGGUAUGAAUCAUUUUUAUGGUGAACUUCUUCACACUCUUGCAUACCACCUUCUGAAAUUACUUAACCAUUUUCAAAAGCAUGUUUCUUUGAUACUAAUUACAGUAGCACAAAUCACAUCAUAAAAUCAUUGUCCCAGGAACAAUUCUCAUAUGUAAAAUGGAGAUGGAGUAUAUUUAAAAAAAAAAAGUGUGAAGAAUAGUAGACCUUCAAUUUAAAGGAGGGAGUGUGAUAUUCAUUCCUAGAUUUUUAAUUUGUGGUGUGCUGAAAGUUUCAAUGAUUAAAAAAUGCUGAUACAUUUUCAAAAGCAUGUUUCUUUGAUACUAAUUACAGUAGCACAAAUCACAUCAUAAAAUCAUUGUCCCAGGAACAAUUCUCAUAUAUAAAAUGGAGAUGGAGUAUA